CGCAGCCAAAAUAUUCUUGUGUGAACAGUGUUUAAGUGUGUGUUAAAGAAAAAAAAGAAAAGUGACUAACUAAAGUGAAGUGAAAAUGGCUCGUACUAAGCAAACUGCCCGUAAAUCGACUGGUGGCAAAGCACCACGUAAACAAUUGGCUACUAAGGCUGCACGUAAAAGUGCACCAGCCACUGGUGGUGUUAAGAAGCCACAUCGUUAUCGUCCCGGUACUGUAGCUUUGCGUGAAAUUCGUCGUUAUCAGAAGAGUACUGAAUUGUUGAUUCGUAAAUUGCCAUUCCAACGUUUGGUUCGUGAAAUUGCUCAAGAUUUCAAAACUGAUUUACGUUUCCAGAGUUCUGCUGUUAUGGCUUUGCAAGAAGCCAGUGAAGCAUAUUUGGUUGGUCUUUUCGAAGAUACAAAUUUGUGUGCCAUUCAUGCAAAACGUGUCACAAUUAUGCCGAAAGAUAUUCAAUUGGCCAGACGUAUUCGUGGUGAACGUGCUUAAGAAAGAAAAUAGAGAUGAUGAAUUGUAACAAAAAAUCGGUCCUUUUCAGGACCAC